AUGUGGCUGAUACUAGGGCUAUGGGCGUUUGUGACCGCCCUAGCGACGUGGCGGUGGUCGCAAUCGACACCGACAUGGCAUGCCACGAUUCCAGAUGAUAUCCCUGUGUACAUGCGCGCGCCGUCGCAAGGGUACCCAUCCUACUACAACACUACAGGUACACGCGGUGCUGUGGCCUGUGAAUUGGAUGUGUGCUCUAACGUCGGUGCCUAUAUCUUGGAGAAAGGCGGCUCCGCCGCGGAUGCAAUGAUUGCUACAUUGAGCUGCGUCGGUGUAAUGGACAGUUUUCAUUCCGGUUUGUCGGGCGGCGGCUUUGCACUUGUCAAGACUCGCUACAGUGACCCUGUGAUGAUUGAUUAUCGUGAGACAGCACCCCAGGCGGCUCAUCGUGAUAUGUAUGCUAAGGCUCCACCCAAUUCCUCGAUUGUUGGUGGUCUAGCCGUCGCUGUGCCUGGCGAGGUGCGUGGAUGGGAACAGCUUCAUCGCUUGUAUGGCCGCCUGCCAUGGGAGCAGCUGCUUGAACCGUCUAUCGUAAUUGCUCGUCGUGGAUUCCGCGUGCCUGCGCAACUUUAUUCAAAGAUACAAUGGGGUGGCAACUUGGCCUGCCUGGCGCCUACGUUGGUGCCCACGUUCUGCCCGGAUGGCGAGCCCCUGCCUGCCGGGAGCCUCCUGCGCCUCCCCGCUUUGGCUGAUACAUUGGAGCAGAUUGCGACGUAUGGCCCCAAUGUGAUGUAUGAAGGCCCUAUUGCCGAGCGAAUGAUUGAAACGAUUCAGCAGCAUGGCGGCAUUAUGACCAUGGACGACUUGCGCCAGUUCCAAGUGCGUAUCGGCCAAGCUGCGUCGAUUGAUUUCCGCGAUAAGUACCGUGUAUGGACAACAACGGCACCAAGCUCAGGUAGUGUCAUCCUUUCCACACUCAAGACCAUGGAGCAAUACCCGGAUGAGCCCUAUUACGAGACGGAUGCGUUGCAUACACAUCGCUUCAUUGAGGCAACCAAGUUUUCGUACGGAGAACGUACUUUCCUGGCUGACCCGGCUUUCCUGCCCAAUGUGACAGCAUGGGAAGAGCACAUUAUCCAGCCGUCGGUGGCCAAGAAGCGAUUCGACAAAAUUCGAGAUGACACAGUGCGACGUAUGCACAAGUACGAUCCGCAGCAUUGGGACGUGCUAUCCGACAAAGGCACCUCGCACUUGAAUGCUGUGGACGCCGAGGGCAUGUCGAUCUCGGUCACAACCACUAUCAACAGUGGCAUUUGGGGCGCUUUCCUUAGCACACCUGACGGCAUUCUCCUCAACAACGACAUGGACGACUUUUCGCAACCUGAUCGCUCGAACCUCUUUGGGUAUGCGCCGUCACCGGCCAAUUACAUUGCGCCUGGCAAGCGGCCCAUGUCGUCCAUGUCACCCUUCCUGAUUGAGAACCGACACACGGGUGAGGUGGAAGUCAUUGGUGGCUCUGCGGGUGGUUCGCGUAUCAUCACAGCGAAUUUGCUAUUGGCCUAUACGUACAUGUCAUUCCAUGGACAGAUUGAUAUGCAAAGUGUCAUUGAUCGGCCUCGUUGGCAUCAUCAGCUGGUACCAGACCUCGCGUUCUUUGAGUACGAAAUGCCGACGUGGCCAUUCUGGCAUGGGUAUAGCAACCGUACUGUGGAGGCCUUGCAAGCCAAAGGCCACCACCCCUAUUUCUUCGGACCUGGUGUGUCCACAGCGCAGGCCAUUGUUCGACGCCCAGAUGGGCACUUUGUCACGGCCUCAGAAGUGCGGCAGGAAGAAGCGCGUGGCGCUGCUGUCUAA